CUUCAAGUUGGGCUGCUGCAAAGAGCAGAGCAGCAGCAGCGGAGACCAACCAGUGAGGGACUGAGGGGAGAGAUGGCGAGUCGCGCCGUCGCCUUGCUCGUCGCCGUCGCGCUCGCGGCCUUCCUCCUGCACCCCGCGGCGGCAGCGGCCGGUCAGAAGAAGCCGGCGACGGCCGCGAGGCGGGAGGACAUCCCCUACAUCCGGUGCCAGGUGUGCGAGCGGAUCGCGCGCGAGAUCUCCGCGCAGGUAGCCAAGAAGCAGCAGGCGCUCCCGCCCUCCAAGAAGGUGCCGGAGAUCGAGAUCAUCGAGAUCGCGGAGAAUGUGUGCAACCUGAAGAAGCAGGAGGCGGAUUGGAUGCUCCGGAUCGACAUCGUCGAGAAAGGCGACAAGCUCCAGCUUGUUGAACAAGAUGAGGAAGGGCAUUGCAAUGCAGAAUGCAAGACCAUUGAGCGUGCAUGUCAAGAGGUGAUAGGAUAUGCUGAUACUGAUAUUGCUGAGUUUGUAUACAAAAAUAACCCCUCAGCUGAUCAGCUGAUGAAAUUUCUCUGCAAAGAUCUUUCAAAAGCGUGUGCCAAGGACCCGCCGCCGGUUCCAAAAGAUCGAGUCCCUGGGGAACCAUUUGCAAGGAAGCCAUCAAAAGAUGCUGAGAUGGAAAAGAUAUUGAAAUCAAUGGAGGGUAUGCCGGGAGCUCCAAGCAUGAAGAUGUACUCCAGGGACGAUCUGAUGAAAAAUAACUUUGGUACUGAAGACGACGAUGAUGAAGAUGAUGAAGACGAGGAUGACAACUUCCCAAAGAACUUGGGAAAAGCUCUGAAAGACAAGGGUUCUCAAAAGAAAGACUUGAAACAGCAAGUUGUGCAACAGUUCAAGGAUACCAGUAAAAAGUUGAAAGGGCAUGUAAACAAGGUGUCCAAUGUGGUAAAGAAAUGGUGGAAAGGGGCAAAGAAGCCUGCCAAAUCCAGCAAAAGCAAAACUGAGCUCUGAAGACCACAGCAUUGUUGAAUCAGUUCAGUAAUUUCACCCAUCACCCACGUCUCCUGGAGCAAAGUUUUAGAUGAUUUUCGGAAGAUAAAGUUGCAGCAACACAUCCAGAGCUUUUGUUAGAGAGUUUAGCAUAAACGUGUACAAUUUUUUUUCUGUUAUUUUCAGUGUACACUAGGAGAAGAACUGGACUCUGAUGAUAGUUUUACCAGGCUAGUCGAGUCCCAAUUGGUUGUUGGUGUCUGAUACUCUGUAAAACAAAACAACUGGUGACGUCAGUAAAUUAGAUUAUUGGCUACGCAUAA